UUUUUCAAAAGAACCCGUUGUUGUAGUACAGCAGUUCAUCAUUGGGAUCCUCUUGUUUUGUUUGUUUUCCUCCAGCCAAAGUCAACCGGAUUCUAUCCAGAGAAAAAGUUUGAUUUGGAUUCUAGAAAGAAAAUGAGAGAGAACUUGAAACACUUCCUCUCUCGUUUCCAGUCGAUAGUUUUUUAAGAAGAACCCCCCCACAAUUUCCCCCCCAAAUCCCUCCCUUUUUUGUUUGUUUCGGUUCUCCCAUCGGGACCUGCUGCUGGACAACAAGGGCCGGGCUUCUUCUUCUUCAGUACCCGUCUCCACUUCAACCAGCGCAGCCGUGCGCUUCUCACCUGGUUCCCAUCGUCUCUCUUGUGUGAAAACGCGUUGAACAAUUUUUUCGAUUCGGUUGGACUCAAUUUGUGCUUCUUCUUCUUCUUCUUUUCACAGAACAAAAUAAGAUACUAUACACACUAUACGGGCUGCGGUGAUAGUUUGGCUUGGCUGGGCUUGGCAGCAGCUACCGUCCGCCAGUUUUCUCCGCCAGUGUGACUUGAUCGUCUGUCAGGUGCACAAGUGCCGACCGCAGUUCCGUGCGUCCAACGUCAUAAGAUGAACCUCCGCUGGAUAAUUCCCGUUGUCUGUCUCCUAACAGUUUGGUCUAGCGCAGUGGCGCAAAGGCAAACGGCCAAGGCCGGCACCACCUCCUCCGUCUCCAGCAGAAACAAUAAGAAAGUCGUUUGCUACUACGCCAAUUGGUCGGCUUACCGGCCCGGCCAGGCUAAAUUCCUUCCGCAGAAUAUCAAUCCCUACCUGUGCACUCACCUCAUCUACGCAUUCGGUGGAUUCACCAACGAUUUCACCCUGAGACCCUUCGACAAGUGGCAGGACAUUGAUCAAGGGGGUUACGCCAAAUUCAACGGUCUCAAGGCUCACAACAAGAACCUGAAGACUUUGCUGGCCAUCGGCGGAUGGAACGAAGGGUCGGGACGGUUCUCCAAAUUGGUUGCCGACCCGGAGACCCGCCAGAAUUUGGUGCGAUCGGCCAUCAAGUACCUGCGCCAGCAUCAAUUCGACGGCCUCGAUCUCGACUGGGAAUAUCCGGCAUCUCGCGAAGGCAGCCGGCCCUCCGACCGAGAGAACUACGCCCAGCUCGUCAAGGAUUUAAGAGACGGAUUUAAUAACGAGAAAGGCAACCGAGAGCGGCUGCUGUUGACCAUGGCCGUGCCGGCCGGUGUGGACACGAUCGAACUGGGCUACGACAUCCGCGCCCUCAACAGGGACUUGGAUUUCAUCAACAUUCUGAGCUACGACUAUCACGUCGCCAGCGAACCCCAGGUGAAUCACCACGCUCCGCUCAGAGCCCGCAGCAACUUUGACGACGUGUUUGACCCCAAUGAAGAGCUCAACAUCGACGCGACGGUUCAGAUUUACCUGCUCAACGGGGCGACGGCCGACAAACUCGUCCUGGGCAUUCCCACCUACGGUCGGUCGUUCAAAUUGUCUAGCCCAGAUCUGGCCGAGCUGGGAGCUCCGGCUGAUGGUCCGGCCGAGGCCGGCAAGGCCACAAGGGAGAAGGGUUACCUGGCCUAUUACGAGAUCUGCGAGAAGAUCGGAGUCGAGAACUGGGUGGUGGAAAAACCCGAGCCGGAAGCUGUCGGCCCGUUCGCCCACAACGGAUUCGAAUGGGUCGGCUACGACGACGAGGAAAUGGCCGCCAAAAAAGCGCAAUACGUGGUGGACAACGACCUGGGCGGCAUCAUGUUCUGGUCGAUCGACAACGACGAUUUCAGGGGCCAGUGCACCGGAAGGAAAUAUCCGCUCAUCGAGGCCGCCAAGGCCGCCCUCUACGGCAUCACUCUGCCACCUGUGGACCCGAUCAACGCCAUUGAAGAUCGAAAUCUGGAGACCAGCACCGCCAGCUCCAACACUUUGAUCCGGCCAUCUUCAUUGAGACGGCCGACAUUAAACGACAGGACGAGAGGACCUUCUCCGACAACGACGACCAGACGUCCGGCAGUCACUCCAUCCGGAAUCCAGUCACAACAGUCCCAGGGCAAUUUCAAUCCUUUUACUACCCCGGAGCCACCGACUACCCCGGAUUCGAUCGUUGAUUUCGAGUGCAAGGAAGAAGGUUUCUACCCCAACGCCAAAGAUUGUAAGAAAUACUUUUGGUGCCUGGAUACCGCCGCUGGCAUGGUCUCACACAUCUUCACCUGUCCGGCAGGUUUGCAUUUCAACAAGUUUACCGACUCGUGUGAUUACGCAACCAACGUCAUCUGCAAAACGGGAGCCGGGGCCACCACGACGACGACGACGCCCAAACCGUUUCUAACCAUCAGCAGCAGCACGACAACAACAACUGCUAGACCUACAACUACUAGGAGGCCAACAACAACAACCACCACCACCACAACAACAACUACUCCCGAGCCGGAGCAAUUCGAUUACGUCGACGAAGUUGUACCCCAGUCAUUAGCCAAAAAUUCCGAUUCCACGCCGGAUGAACUGCAACAACUUUUACAACUCAUUAGCGACUUGGGUGGCGUGGAAGCGGUGAAACAGCUGCUGGAAAAGAACACUGGAACGGGGCGCGGAAGGAAAGAGGACGACGGCCAAUCCAUCCGUCUUAGCACGGCCCAACGUCAGGCUCUCGAAAAGGUUAUCCGCCCGUCUUCGGCACGGGAACAAAGCCAAACGGAACAAGAAACUUCCACCCGAAGGGCCAGCAGACCCAAUUCACCGCAAUAUUCAACUCUGCAACGCAGACGGCCCGGCAACAACCAAACCUCAAAACCCGAGGAGGAAGUCGUAGAAGAAGUGGCCACGCCCUCGACAACCGUUCGCUCGCGAGUGGCCAUCAACAUCAUCCGGACAACAACUGAAGAGCCGCAACCGACCGCUCAACCGCAAGUUUGGCGUCGGGCGACGUACAGGACGUCGGAGGCCGAUUCGGCCCACCCGGACCAUUUGUCCAUGACCGACAAUGACGUGAUGCAGGUGGCCAUGUCGGGCCAUUUGCUGGUCGAGUCCAAUUUGACGGACGAGUUUCAUAACAGCGCCAUUCCCAUCCGGCGCUUCACAACGGAAAUCCUGGACAACGAUCCGUCAUCAUCCGACGACGACGGCGGCACUAUUAUUCCGUCCGCCGAUUAUUCCGAGACUGUCGAAGGCGAUGAAGACGGCCAGGCGUCUGCCGUCAGCAGCCAUGUCCCGGCAGUGCCUGGACUGCGCAGCGAUUCGACCAGCUCCCUGGAAAAAUACUUUGAUCAGCAGUUCACCAAUUUCCAAAUUGCUCGACUGCCGGCAGUCGACUGGUCACUGCGAUCGGACGGCCAUGACCAAACCAAGACUGUGGCACGAGUAGUAGCUCCACCACGUCCAGCAGCAUCUUCGACGAUCCGGCGGACGCGAAUCCAGCCGACAUCUUCGGACUCGACGAGGAAUUAACAUUUGAUUAUAUCGACACUGAAUCUCCUUUCGCUUUAUUCGAUGCCACAACGACGACCACUUCUUCUACGACAACGACAACAACAUCUACGACGACACCCUCGACAACACCAACAACCACCCGGAGAGUUGUUUCCCGACGCCGGCCGCUCAACUCCAGGGGACAAUCGACAACGACCCGGGCGCCAACAACAACCCGAGCCUCGCCCGUGACGGAGAGAACAACCAGGACAACAUCGACCACGCCCAUCCCGAGAGCUCCGAUCGUCAUCGCCAUUCCGGCGCCCAUCAGCCGGCCCUUAGGGGACGAUUUCGCCAAACGUCCCGUCGUCGCAUUGACCACCGAUUCAUCACGACCCGCCGGACUAUUGAACGUGACCCGACCGAGGGUCAAUCAGGACGAUAUCACGGGCGAUGCGGAAGUGUUCCAGCAAGGAGGAGCUCCGGUGGGCCAGAGCGUCAACGGCAACGUGGUGGAGAUUGAUGAAGACGGGCGGGUGUUUUGCUUCGACGUGGGCAAUUUCGCCUACCCGGAAGAUUGCGCCAAAUUCGUCCACUGCGCCAGAGGCCCUGGGCGAGGCGAUUCGGAGCCCAUCAGCGGAUGGGUCCACACUUGUCCUCCGCGUCUCUCCUUCGAUCCGGUCGGAGCCAUUUGCAACUGGGGUUCGCCCGUUCGUUGUCGACAAAUUUAAAACAAAACAAUUUGAAACAAAAAAAACAUUAACUCAUCUAUACUUUUUUACUCUUGACUAUAUCGAAUAUCUUUUUUUUCGUGUCUGCCACUGUCAUUUGUGUAAAUAGUGGGAACAAAGUAUUUUUCUUUUCCUUCUUUAUCUUAUUAUCUUUUGAUUUCAACAUUUUUCUUUUCUUUUUUUUUUUGUUAUUUACACACACGCCAGACUCUCUUGAUUUUUCUAUAUUUUUUUAAAGAAAACGAAACUCAACAAAAUCAAAUUUACAAUCAACUUUUUAUUUUUUUUUUUAGUAAUUUCUAAUUUUUGUUUGUCGCUGGAAAAACAAACAUUAUUCCGGUUAUAUCCUUUGAAAACUGAACUAUCCGGAAUUAUUUGUUCUCCUCCUGCCGCCCCCUCCAAUUUUUCAUUUAAUUCAAACUCUCUGAUUUACUGUAAAUAUAACAUACACCAAACAAG